UAUUCCUUAUCAACCACAGAUAAUAACCAAAACAUGGCUUUCACAAAAGUUUCCUUAGUAAUUUUCCUUUCCCUCUUUGGUUUAUACUCUGUAACCGCCAAGACUCAAAAAUGCGGUUGCGCUCCAAACCUCUGUUGCAGUCAGUUCGGUUCUUGCGGUACCAACGAUGCUUACUGCGGUGCUGGAUGCCGUUCAGGUCCUUGUAGAAGCAAUAUUAGAACCCCAAACGGCGGUGGAUCGGUCAGUAGCAUUGUGACACAGCAGUUCUUUAACAACAUUAUACAAAAAGCCGGUAGCGGCUGCGCCGGAAAAACAUUCUACACUCACGACUCUUUCAUUAACGCCGCUAAUACUUUUCCCAACUUUGGUAAUUCCGUUACUAGACGUGAAAUUGCUACCAUGUUUGCUCAUUACUCUCAGGGGACUGGACACUUCUGCUACAUACAAGCAAUAAAUGGAACGUUACGACGUGAUGCAUGCCAGGAACCUCAGCGACAAAUAUCAUGCCAUCCUCCUGGCAUAGGCUACUUCGUUCGUGGUGAACGUCUCAAUAUCGACCUUCUCCGUCAGCCUGAGCUUGUUCGUAGCAACCCAACUCUAGGUUUCAAAACAAGUUUGUUGUUUUGGAUGAAUAGCGUAAGGCCAGUACUCAACCAAGGAUUUGGAGCAACCAUAAGAGCUAUCAAUGGAACUGAAUGCAACGGUGGGAAUUUGGUUGCAGUCAAUGAAAGGAUUAGGUACUACAGAGAUUAUUGUGGACAGCUUGGUGUAGACCCUGGUUCUAACCUUAGUUGCUAAAACACGCGUGUUACUUUAUAAUGCAAAUGCCAUAUGGAACGAUAUGAUAUGAUAUGAAUAAAAGUAUGUACUUUAUGUUGGAUU